CCAGUCCAUCCCAGCACAACAAGACAGUACGUAGCUGGCGAGCGAGAUCGACAAGCCUCUCACAUCUUUCUCUCCGACGGAUAGUUUUACAUCGAGACGAUGAAGCCCGCCGCCGAGCCGGCCACCGGCUACCCCGUCGGCGCCUCCCCCGCCGGCGCCUCCCCCAUGGGCGGCCGCCAGCUUGGCGAGGCGAGCGCCUGGUCCUCCGGCCUCUUCGACUGCUUCGACGACUGCGGCCUAUGCUGCAUCACUUGGUGCUGCCCCUGCAUCACCUUCGGGAAGGUGGCGGAGAUCGUGGACCGCGGCGCGACGUCGUGCGGGACCGCCGGAGCGCUGUACGUGCUGCUGGCGUCGCUCACCGGGUGCCAGUUCAUCUACUCCUGCACCUACCGCGCCAAGUUGCGCGCCCAGUACGGCCUCCCGGACGCGCCCUGCUGCGACUGCUGCGUCCACUUCUGCUGCGCGCCAUGCGCGCUCUGCCAGGAGUACAAGCAGCUCAAGGCCCUCGGCUACGACCCCGACAUCGGCUGGCAGCUCAACGCCGAGCGCGGCAAUGGCCCCGCUGCCAGAGCGCCGGGCAUGCAGCAGAUGGGCCGCUGAUCGGUCGUGGAUCGAGCAAGCUUCAUGGUUCUUUCGUGUUUGGUCAACUGUAAUAGUUUGUCAAGUUUAUAACCUGUUCGUAUGUAUGAUUGUACAAAGACUGGCGGCAUGCGAGCGUAAGUUGCUGUCUAGGAGUGGGAGGAGGAGGACGACGAGAACGUGUGUGCGUUAAUGUUGGUCGAUCUGCAUUUUCUUCAUUGUAUAAUUGUAUUUGGUUGCCUGCCUCAGGCCAGGGGCCGGUGUCUGGUUUUGAAUUAAAAACAAGAGCUUAUUUUCUGCCCAAGCAGAAUUGUAUCUGCAUUUC